AUGUUGGGUUAUUUAUUUUCAUUUAUAUUCUUUCUGCAAACACUACUAUCAGCAUUUAGUAAUUCUGGAGGUGGAGAAUCCUCCUCUCAAACAUCAGAAUAUUUAAAUUUUGGAAAAAGUUUUGGCUUAGGUUCAGCUUUAAAUAACAAAAGAAGAAAAAGAAGACAAUCUCCUCCCCAAAUUCCAAGUAUUUUUAAUUUAUUCGAAGAUAUAGCCCAUAGAGCAACAGAAAAACGUCAACAACGUCAAAAACAACAAAAAGAUUAUCAACAUUCACCUCCAAUAAAUCGACAACAUAUUUAUAGAUCACCUCAAGCAAGUACUUCUAUUGGAAGAAUAACUGACAAUUUUGGAAGAAAUUUUUUUCAGGUGGGUAAAUCGGGAGAACAUACUAUGGGUGUUAAGUGA